AUGUUUCAAUCGCUUCAAUAUCAGGCCAGUAUUAGAGCACCUAGAUGGAUUUUCAAAAAUUACUAGAUUUUAGGUGAUUUUCCAGUGGUGCUCAAAUUGCCCCAUUGGCCAAAUUACCCCGACUACCCCUACUAGUGAGCAACACGGUAAAUGCUAGGUAUGCUGCGCAAUUCAGAUCCCAUUGUGAUCCACUAGCCUCUGCCCAGCAACUCCUAUCCCUACCUCCACGCGGUACCGGCCGGAAACUAUGAGCAACCUUAGGGAAGAUCGAGUAACCAACCCCGGUGGCAACUUAGGCCGUAGGCUGACAGGGAAGGGGGGUUUGCUUCGGUAAACCUGAGCGUCUGUUCUCCAGGAGGUGCGGCUCACAACAGGGUCUGAUCCCCGUGUUAGGGGCGGCUGAUCUACGCCCGAGUGUCAGGGAAGGACUCUAAGCUCAACUGUGCACUAUGGUCCUCCGGAAAGUAGGGGGUUGGUGUCAGGUCCUACGAGCCAGCCGUAAAAAAACCAUUGUAACGGAAAAUCAGCAACAGAAUAAUACGAACCGAGACCAAUGGCAACGACCCCAGCGAACAAAAAGGACUUGCGAUUGGAAACUCGGUACGUGGAACUGCCGAUCUCUCAACUUCAUUGGGAGCAUCCGCAUGCUCGCCGAUCUACUGAAGGACCGCGGGUUCGGCAUCGUAGCGCUGCAGGAGGUGUGUUGGACAGGAUCCAUGGUACGAACGUUUAGAGGUAAUCAUACCAUCUACCGGAGCUGCGGCAACACACGCGAGCUGGGAACAGCUUUCAUCGUGAUGGGUGAUAUGCAGAGGUGCGUGAUCGGUUGGUGGCCGAUCGACGAAAGAAUGUGCAGGUUGAGGAUCAAGGGCCGAUUCUUCAACUUUAGCAUAAUAAACGUGCACAGCCCACACUCCGGAAGCACUGAUGAUGACAAGGAUGCAUUUUACGCGCAGCUCGAACGCGAAUACGACCGCUACCCAAUCCACAACGUCAAGAUCAUCAUAGGAGAUUUAAGCGCUCAAGUAGGCCAGGAGGAGGAAUUCAGACCGACGAUUGGUAACUUCAGCGCCCACCAGUAGACGAACGAAAACGACCUACGACCUACGCGCAGAAUCUAAAGGCCGCGUUGCCAGACGAGGGCGAGCUCGAAGAGGCCCCUGUAGAGGACUGCUGGAGUACAGUGAAAGCAGCCAUCAACGACGCAGCCGAGAGCACCAUCGGGUACGUGGAACGGAAUCGACGGAACGAAUGGUUCGACGAAGA